AUGGCGCUUUCGUCCGAGGCUUGUAUUUGGCCAUCGCUAGCGCAGUCCACGCAUAAUCUUUCGCCGCCGGAUAUUCUGGAGCCCUUGAUACAGAAGAUCGCUAACGAAUUUGUAUCUGGGGCCGCUGCUGGAGAGGUAGCCGCGGCGGGAUUGAAUGCCAUUCGCGAGAUUUGUGUGGUGGCUGUCCUCGAGUCGACGGUAGCGGUGACGGUCGCGUUUGCAGUUUGCCUUCAAGGCUGGCCCUUCUUCCGACAUGGGCUCCGGAGAUUUACAGAAGGAGAAAACGCUGGACUUGUUGGGCAGACCUUUGCGCAUGUAGAAAUGCUCGGCAUCGGAAAGGAUGGUUCGGUAGACAAUGAGCUCAAGACCAAGACUGUGUUCAAAGCGUACCGCAAGAUCAUUGUGGAUACUUAUUGCGGCUGGGGUGCUCACGGUGGUGGUGCCUUUUCCGGCAAGGACUAUAGCAAGAUCGAUCGCUCGGCCGCUUAUCUGGCCCGCUGGAUCGCGAAAUCGCUCGUCGCCGCAGGACUCGCUCGUAGUCUCUUAGUCCAACUCUUAUAUGCCAUCGGUGUUACUAAGCCACUCUCGCUCUUCAUCGAGAUUUACGGCACCAGCACCAGAACUAGUGCCGAGCUAGUCGACAUUAUCAACAAGAACUUCCACCUAAGACCCGGCGUCAUUGUCAGGAACUCAACCUGA